GUUUUGGGGACUUUCAGACAGAACACUUGGUGAACAAUAUGCGUGUGCAAUUAGUAUAUACAUUCCCGAGCAUUCGGAGCUGUAUGGCAGUAAUCUAGAAUCUAGACAUGUCCCUAGACACUUACAACAGGGUGUGAUCUGUGUCAACCAUGUUCUUUGAUUUUCAAGGGAUGUCAGGUCACGGCAGUGGAUUCAAAGUUCGGUUGAGGAACCCAGUGGGAAUUAUCCAUCGGAUGACAGAAGCGAGUCACACAUACCGAGUAGCAGGAUUGACGGUAUUGAGAUGGAACUGAAGCAGCUUCGAGAGGCAGUGUCUGAAAUGAAGAACAUACUGCAGAAAAUGUCGGACAAGGUCCUCAGCGAAACUCACGUGUCAACGUUCACACCAAUGAGUCAGACAGAAGAACAGCUGACGACCAUUAUACUACCGGAGAAAUACAGUCUAGGAACCCCUGAAGCUCCAGUAUCAGCAGUGGCAACAGCGACCUUACCUGAGUGCUGGCCUUCCUUUGACGAAAAUGUAACAGAGGAUGGUGUCAUGGGAUCAAAAGUUUCCUGUGGUAAAGCAUAUUUGAUGACAGAAGUUCCGAAACUACAUGGCCAAACAAAACCAUCACAUGCAGAAUCCAAACCACGUGAUCAAAGAGAUGACAUACAACGACAACAUCACAGCACCGGCAAGGAAUCUUUCAGGGAAAUUCCGGAACACAUAAGACUACAGAAGCGACUUGAUCUGGCAGUAGCAAAGAACUAUGAACGCGCAGAAUUGUUGUUAAAGAACCUGCCUGUUUGUGGGAAUGGAUUAAACCGUCUAGCAACUUCUGUUGCUGUGGCAUUAGAACCAGAAGACCCAGAGCCACUUAGAGCUAAGGCACUGUGCACCGUGUUGUGUUUGGACGUUUCUGAGAGCUUGGGGCAAGAAGGGUUUAAGGAAGUGAAGCAAGCAGCACACAAGUUUGUAGAUGGUAUAGAGGCGAUGGCGGAGAAGCACGGACUGGAGGAGAAUCUGGCCUUGGUCGUAAUGGGAGGAGGUGCCAGGGUGGUCAGACAACUGACCAAUGACUACACCGCUAUUAGAAAUGCUAUCGAUGGCCUUUGCAUUGGAGGAAGAAGUCCUAUUAUCGAAGCUUUGGUGGUUUGCAUUGCUGCUAUUAAAGAGACUGCAGGAAUACUUAGCAUAGAUGGCCACUACCUCAAGCCAAGAAUUAUCUUCCUCACUGACGGAUAUGCUACAAAUGAGUCUGUUGUUGAAGGGCCUGACCUGACGGAAGUGGAUCAACAUGCGCGGGUACACAUAGUACAGUUAACUCGUACAAUUAGUUCAGGUGGCAUGGAUCCAGUGGUUUGGGUGGCUGUUGGGAACGCUGACGGACAUUUCCUACGUUCAUUGUCCGCACUUGGCAAUGGGACAUGUGUCGAAUGCAAGAAAAUUGAAAGUCUCUGCAAACAUUACAGGCUACAGUACAACAUAGGUCAAAUCUACAACUAUUUAAAAAAAGGCAAGUUCGGAGAAACGCCAGAGACAAUUCAACAGGUUGUCGGAGCACUGACUGGAGACAUGGACGAAGAGGAUAGGGAUUUUGUUAUCCAAGGUGUUCAACAAAAACUCGCCUUUUGUGAAGUACCAGAUCCGGAUGAAAUGUGUACCGAUUUCGACAAUGUACAUGAAAUGAGUGAGUUGCCUCCCCUUGGUACUCGAGUUGUCCGAGGUCUUGAUUGGCAGUAUGAAAACCAAGACUGUGAAGGACCCGGGACUAUCGUCAAUCACGCGAAUGACAGAUAUAUGCUAUGGGUGUUGUGGGACGUCAACGGCGUCUGCUGCCGGUACAGGUAUGGCCAUGAUGGGAAAAUGGACGUCGUCGAAGUAGAGGACCAGCCACGCUUCUUGCUGCAGGAUGAAUUCAUAGAAAUCGGAGUCAGGGUCAAACGAGGAGUGAACUGGUCCUACGGAGAUCAAGAUGGCGGCGAAGGGAGUACCGGAGUUGUCAUUAGAAAACGCAAUAUUUGA